UCCGCGAGGGAGGGGCGGGAGUGAACCCUCUUCGCGGUGGUUAGGGGCUGAUGUGAAGGUGUCAUGGCUGCUGCUGCGGAGCAUAGUUCCUCAAGCAGCAGCGAGAGAAACCCAGAGCGAAGCUCCAGCCUCCUCCUCACCCGGGAGGUCCUCUGCGAAAUCUUUCGCUCCUUGCACACCCUGACAGGACAGCUUAACCUCAGAGAUGAUGUGGUGAAAAUUACAAUCGAUUGGAACAGGCUCCAGAGCCUCUCAGCAUCUCAGCCUGCAUUGCUCCUUACUGCACUUGAGCAACACGUUUUGUACUUACAGCCUUUUUUAGCAAAACUUCAGUCUUUAAUUAAAGAGAAUUCAACUACUAUUGAUGAGAUAAGACAGACAGAAACCAAGAGUGAACUAAGUGGCCAGCAUCCCAUUGGAGACAUUCAAGAUGAAGGAAAGCUCGAAGAUUGUGACUUAGGAGACGUAAAAAAGGCACAAGUCCAUUUUGAUCCAGAAGUAGUUCAGAUAAAGGCUGGAAAAGCAGAAAUUGAUAGGCGAAUAUCUGCAUUCAUUGAACGGAAACAAGCUGAAAUCAAUGAAAACAACGUCAGGGAAUUUUGCAAUGUUAUUGAUUGUAAUCAAGAAAAUAGUUGUGCAAGAACUGAUGCCAUCUUUACUCCUUAUCCUGGAUUUAAAAGUCACGUAAAGGUUUCUAGAGUUGUGAAUACAUAUGGACCACAGACCAGACCUGAAGGAAUUGCAGGGUCAGGUCACAAACCUACGGGCACGCUGCGAGAUUGUGGUAAUCAGGCCGUGGAAGAACGACUCCAGAAUAUUGAGGCUCACUUGCGACUGCAGACAGGCGGCCCAGUACCAAGAGAUAUUUAUCAGAGAAUUAAAAAGCUUGAAGAUAAAAUCCUUGAAUUGGAGGGCAUCUCUCCGGAAUACUUUCAAUCUGUAAACUUUUCUGGAAAAAGAAGAAAAGUCCAGCCACCUCAACAGAACUAUUCACUGGCUGAACUGGAUGAGAAAAUCAGUGCCCUCAAACGAGCCCUGCUCAGAAAAUCAAGAGAAGCAGAACCCACGGCAACUCACCACCUCCCGUGAGAACUGCUCUCAUCACAUGCUCUCCUGUAAGAUGUAUGUGCGUGUAACUACAUGUGUUUAACUAUUUGCAGCAUAUUUAUCAACAUAAGCAUUUCUGUAAAGUCAAGGUUUAUUUUUGCAUGAGUCUGGCUUUCAGCAAAUAGUCACGUACUCCAGUGUUCGGAGGUGUUGCAACCCUGCACAUAGCACUGUUGGGAUUCUUUCCUUCUGUUUUAAAGGAGGCAUUUUGGAUAUUGAAAAACUUAAAUUGCUGGACCACCAGAGAUUAUUAUUUUAAUAGUGGUAUUUAAAAGGACUUUAUAUUUGUAACAUUAAUUAACCAGUUUUUUAGUUUAUCUUAGUACUUUGUACAUAGUGGACAUUUAACAAACAGUUAUUGACAAUAAAAUAAAAUAAAAAUCAACAAAUGCAUGUG